UUGGUGGAGAAGAAGGCGGACAUGAAUGCCGUCAACACAACCGGUCAGUCGGCUCUGCAUUACGCGGCCUCUAAGGACCGGCUCGACAUCGCUCGGUAUCUGAUAGACAGCGGCGCUCACAUCAACCUCAGGGAUAAACUCAAUCAGACACCGCUUCACAGGUCCGCCUCUAAGGGUAACCAAAAGAUUGUUGAGCUUCUGUUGAGCCGAUCGGACAUUCAAUUGAAUCCACAGGACGUCGUCGGCAAUACUCCACUGCAUUUGUCGUGCGAAGAGGAGCGGACAGAAGUGGCCAAAGUGCUGAUCAAAGCCAAAGCUCUGACUGACAUCCAGAAUAAGGAUAAAAAGUUGGCUUUUGAUCUCUGUCUUAACGAAUCAGUGAAGCGUUUGUUAAGUAAUUACAGCAAAGAAUGUCAACAAACUUAACAAACAUUAGUUCCAAGCAAUUAAUUUCUCAACGGUUUGAAUACUAAUUGACUGCAAAAAUAUCACAUAAAAAUUGCUUUCAUUUCAUAUCUAUUUUGAAAUAUUUGUGAAAAAAUUACUUUUAC